AUUUCUUGUGAAAAAGGUCGUGUUAGUCCGCCAUUGCGGUUGAUAGGGUUCAUCUGCGUAAACUCAACGAAUUGAUAUUGAACAAUGUCGUAUAUAAUUGGAAGAGGACUGUUAAGCGCAGUUAAGAGAUCGCCAUGCAUUUUUUCUUCGUGUAGAACAAAGAUAAUGUUCAACGAUCCAAUUGAGCAUGCCACUGGAUUAGAGAAGAAAGAAUUAUUAGCAAUUCAGAGUGGAAAUGAAGACCCCUUCAAUAUGCGUGUAUAUAAGAGAGGUCCUGGAACAAAAGAUAAGCCUACAGAAAUUCCUUCAAUGUUGGACAAGAGAUUGAUUGGUUGUAUAUGUCAUGAAGAUUCCACUCAUAUUAAUUACAUGUGGCUUCACAUGGGUGAUCCCAAACGUUGUGAGUGUGGUUACUGGUUCAAAUUGGUACCGGGCAAGUUUCUGUGAAAAUAUCUCUAGAUGCUAAUUAAGAAUAUUUAGUUUGUAAUCAGAUUAGCCAAUCAGAUUCACGCUGUUUCCAAUUGGAAGUACUCCAGAGAGAGAUUCACCAUGUACAUUGAUUACUUAAAAUAAAUAUUUGAAUUCUUCAAA